AUGCCGAAAGUCAUCGGUCACACUCCUCCCUGGCUGUCUCGCCCAUCGGCCGGUGCAAAGGUAUUCUCAGACCCAGCACCUCAAUCGCCGGCUUCACCCUCAAAACGGUCCUCCUAUCUUGGUUCACCUGCUUCCACAGAAUACCAAGGUCCCAGAAGGCUGGUCGCCAGCCGUGGCACAGAGAUAUUCACGGUCGUGGGCAACAAAAUAAGAUGGGCAGACCUGUCACUAAUCAAAGAUGAAUGGGAAGAAAACGCUCACUCUGGGCAUAGUCGGUUUGGUCUAUCGCGAUCAGUAGAAUCUGCUACAGAGCAGGUUUAUCGGACUCUCGAUGUGUCUAUUUAUUACCAGAUUCGACAGAUUGUCACCUCUCCCUCAGGCAUCUUUCUCGCUAUAGCUACCGAACAUACCGUUCAUAUCGCAGCGUUACCGCCUUCUUCUAGACUUCGAGACCAGGACCGAUCCCCUAUCAAGCUGAAGACAUUUCAGCUGGGCCCAACAAUCCAUGUCAUCCCAGAAUCUCCUUUAGCAUCAGUGCUCUGGCAUCCCCUCGCGUCUUCGACCGCAAGCACGGACUGCAUUGUGACCGUAACUGCAGAAGCAGCUGUAAGAGUAUGGGAACUUGAUAGGUCGAACAAAUGGUCAUUCGAACGCCCGGCUCUAGCAAUUGAUCUCCGGAAGCUGGCCGAUGGAGUGUCUUGCGAUCAAGACUUCGAGCCCUCGGGAUUUGGUAAGACCAAGGGGUUCUCUGUUGAUGAUUUCGACAUGGAGGUGUCGGCGGCUUGCUUUGGUGGCCGAGGCAAGGAUGACGAGGAUGCGUGGGCAAGCAUGACUCUUUGGACGGCAAUGAGGAAUGGUGAUAUAUACGCCCUGUGUCCUUUGUUACCUACCAAGUGGAAGCCAACGUCCACCACUAUUCCCUCUCUCUCAACCAAUGCCGUUUCUCGCAUGGCCUCCAUCGCUGGUGAGCAUGCCGACAUGGAUGAACGACGAGCUGCCGAUCAACAGUACGAGUGGGUGCAAGAGAUUGACAGCGAAGAGCCGCUGCUUCUCGAUUCCACGGAUAGCUUGGGUGAGUUUGAGGUACGCCUACGGCCACAAAAUCCAAGUGCGAUUCCUCGACUUCAAGGUCCGUUUGCCAUACAGCCCGAAGACGACGCGUCGGACAUUGAAAUCUCCGACAUCUACGUCUGCCCAGCGACCAUUGAUGAAGGUGAUCUCAUGUCUGGUGAAGACGAUGAUGAUUUUGACCAAUUCGCAUCCCAUGGCGUUCCCUUCACCACUGUCUGUGUAGCAACCACAGAUAAUGAGGUGUGGUUUGCCAUUGAUCUCGACGGAGUGUCUGGGCAGUGGCUCCCUAAGAAGGGCAAAAGUACCUUUGGUGUGCCAACCCCCGACACAAAGGAAUUGACAUUGAUUGAUACUUUUGCGCUCGACGCCGAGGCCGACUCUGCAUCGAACUGGCCAAUGCUUACCGGAGAUAUUGUCAGCAGCUACAGCCUGUUCCUGACAACAUCCAAGCACAUCUAUUCUCUGUCCUUGAACGACUGGACAACCCACCUGGCUGCAGAGAUGACAGGAACUGGGAAUGUCGACCCUGGAAUGAGGACUAGACUCGAGACAGCCUGCGAAACCCAAGUUUGCAUCACUGACAAGGUGAUCAGUACGAACGACGCGACGGAAACACUGUCGGCACCUACGAUAGUGGACGAUAUGUCUUUGGGAUACCUCCUUCUGACUGCAACCACUUCUUCAGCCUACUCUGUGUUCUUCGAUCAAGCUCACCUGCGGGCAUCCACCUUGGCAUUGUCUUCUCCGGAGCUCACGACGACCUCAUCCAGUCGGCAGCUCGCAAGGAUAUCGCCCUCCGAGGAGAAUGAUGUCGAAACACUUCCUACAAGAUCGCCAUAUGUUCCCGCAAAGAUCUUUUAUGCCAACCAUCUCUAUCCCAUAGAACAAAUGAAGCAGCGGCUCCCUCCUACGCUGAAACGUGCUGUCAUGGACAAGCCUAUGCGUCUCAGUCCGGCAAUGCUGGAGAUCAUGACGGUCACGCAUCGUACCGUCAGUGCUCAGUCCGUCGAACUUGAGAAGGCGGCCGCCGAACUCUUUCGUCGCUGCGAGCGGUUGCGCGAAGAGCUGCUGAGCCAAGUGCAACAGAUGAGCGAGCUGGCUCAGCGAUUGCAGCACCUCCGAUCAAGCGAAGAGGUCGACGAGGACGGCACCGUUACGGCGAAGAAAUCUGUCACCACCAGAAUUCAGGAUGCCCAGAAUCGGCAGGCAAAAUUGCUUGCACGGUAUGAGGCAUUGAGAAGGAAGGUGGGACGAGUCGGUUCCGCCAAGCGGGAACUGAGCUCCAAGGAGAAAACGUGGAUCGAGGAGAUUGAUGCGCUGAGUCGUAACGUCGGCGUCGGUGUCCGCGAGGAUGGUGAUGAGGAGCAAGCAGGCGAUAGACUGGACAAGAGAUUUGACAUGGUCAAACAAUUCUCUCGCGAGCUCCUGGAAGAAGGCAAGCGCGUCAUCGUCGAACAGGCUCAAGCAGGAGCAGCUUCUUCAGAACCCUCGCAACAGCCUCCAAUGUCUGCGUCCGUAUCGACCAUCAGGUCAGGUACUUCGGCUUCUGGCGCAGGUGCGGGCAGCAGCACGUCUUCGACGUUCGGCGUAUCGAGUCGACUGCAAAAGGAGAAAAUCGCAGACGUCAUGGCCAUGGUCGAGCGCGAAGGCGCCGUCAUCGAUGCCGUCAUGAAACGUCUGGAUCGCUUGAACGUCGAGUACACCUAG